AUGCCGAAGAACAAGAAGGCGAAGCACAACAAUCACCAGGCUCAGAGACCAACACCUUACGGUUCUUCCAGGAACGACCAGCACGACGGCGCGUCAGGCUGGCUCUCACAUGCAGAGAUCUGGGAUGACUCCGCACUGGUACGCAGCUGGAACGAGGCGGUAGCGGAGUACCAGUACUACCACUCCCUUGCAGCGCAAGGCUUAGAUAUAGAGACGGUGCUGGACGCGGCGGAGCAGGCGGAGGCUAAGGGGGAGGAGGCGCCUCUUGCGCUGAAAGGCGGCAACGGGCCCGGUGAUGAUGCUACCACAGCCGCCACGACCAGGACCCCCAACCGGGUUGCAGAGUCGGAAGAGGAAGGCGAGAUCGCGGACGACUUCAUGGCGAUGGACGAACAGGCGCCCAUCGAUACUACUCCUACUACAGCCAAUGAGGUCAAUGGCGAGCAAGGGACGAAUCAACAACAUCCAACAGCAGCGGCAAAGGAGUCAGCAUCAAGGCAGCUAGACGUCACUGAAGGCCAAGACGGUGAUGAUGGCGGCACUUCGACUGCGCCACAGGAGGUUGGUGGUGAUACAGUUCCGGCCACAGGUACUACAGACCACACUCUGGAAAAUCUGAAAAUGGCAUACUACUGGGCUGGAUACUACUCCGGGCUACACGAUGCCCAGCGGCAGCCUCAGCAUGGAAAGGACAGUGCUGCGGCCUGA